AUGUCGCGCAUGUUCUUGGUCCAGCUCCUAGGAUUUUGGCUGGUGCUGAGCCAACCUUCCAGCGCGCGCGUCCGGGACGCGUGGUUGAUGGAAGUUAUUAAAGUCUGCGGCCGCGAAUUUGCUCGCACAGUGAUCGACGUUUGCGGGCAGACGUCCUUUCAGAGAAUGGCUUUGAGUCAGGAAAAGCGGGCUCUGGAUGCUGCGCCACCCGCAGAAAUUGUGCCAUCCUACACCAACAAAGAUGCAAAACCCUUAAAUAUGAUGUUGGAAUUCAUUCCAAAUUUGCCACAGGAGCCAAAGGCAAUGCUAUCGGAGAGACGGUCAUUAUUACUAGAGCGGCAGCAAGAGUAUGUACCUGUACUAAAGGAUUCAAAUCUUAGCUUUGAAGAGUUUAAGAAAAAUUUUCAUAAUAGACAAGAUGAAGCAGAAGACAGCAGUCCUUCAGAACUAAAAUACUUAGGCUUAGACACUCAUUCUCGAAAAAAGAGACAGUCUGAAAUGUUAUUGGGCCAGAGGUGCUGCCAAGUUGGUUGUACCAGAAGAUCUAUUGCUGAAUUUUGCUGA